GUUUGCAGACCGAGGGGGGAGAGGCUGCUGAAUCGUAUGGUUUUGAGGGGCAGUGGAACUAUGGAGUUCCUCAGACUCCGGGCCCUGUGAUCUCCAGGCUUGGAUACAACAAUGGAACCUUCCUGAACGACCUCCGAACUCCCUCUUUUCUCUCCUUUCUCCCUCUCUCCGCACCGUUAACCGGUGCCCGCGCCCCUGGCUGCCCCCGUGAAUGUCUGUCGCCAUGGCGAAGCGUGAAACCGGCAGCACCAGCCCAGUGGUGCGGCAGAUAGACAAGCAGUUCCUGGUCUGCAGCAUCUGCCUGGACCACUACCACAACCCCAAAGUCCUGCCCUGCCUCCACACCUUCUGCGAAAGGUGCCUACAAAACUACAUCCCCCCGCAGUCCCUGACGCUGUCCUGCCCCGUGUGCAGACAGACCUCCAUCCUGCCGGAGAAGGGCGUGGCCGCGCUGCAGAACAACUUCUUCAUCACUAACCUGAUGGAGGUGCUGCAGAGGGACCCGGAGUGCUCCCGGCCCGAGGCCUGCAGCGUGCUGGAGGCAGGUGAGCCCCCGUCCCGCCCCAACCACGAGGGCAAGGUGAUGGAGUUCUACUGCGAGUCGUGCGAGACGGCCAUGUGCCUGGACUGCACGGAGGGCGAGCACCGGGAGCACGUGACCGUCCCGCUGCGGGACGUCCUGGAGCAGCACAAGGCCGCCCUCAAGAACCAGCUGGAUGCGAUUCGCAACAGGCUGCCCCAGCUGACGGCGGCCAUCGAGCUGGUGAACGAGAUCUCCCGGCAGCUGACGGAGCGGAAGAACGAGGCGGUGAGCGAGAUCAGCGUCACCUUCGAGGAGCUGGAGCGGGCGCUGAACCUGCGCAAGAGCGCGCUCAUCAGCGACCUGGAGAACAUCUGCAGCGCCAAGCAGAAGGUGCUGCAGGCCCAGCUGGCCUCCCUGCUCCAGGGGAAGGAGCACAUCCAGAGCAGCUGCAGCUUCACGGAGCAGGCCCUGGACCACGGCAGCGCCACCGAGGUGCUGCUGGUGCAGAAGCAGAUGAGCGAGCGGGUCAGCGCCCUGGCCCGCCACGACUUCCCCGAGCAGCCGCACGAGAACGGCCACCUGGACUGCCUGGUGGAGACGGAGGGCCUGCGCCGCUCCAUCCAGAACCUGGGCGUCCUGCUGACCACGGGCGCCGUGGGCCACACCAGCGUGGCCACGGGCGAGGGGCUCCGGCACGCCCUGGUGGGCCAGCACACGUCCGUCACCGUCACCACCAAGGACAAGGACGGCGAGCUGGUGCGGACGGGCAACGCCGGGCUGCGCGCCGAGAUCUCGGGCCCCGACGGGGCGCGGGCCGACGCCGAGGUGACGGACAACAAGAACGGGACGUACGAGGUGGGGUACACGCUGCGCUCCGAGGGCGAGUUCUCCUUCGCCCUGCUGCUCUACGGGCAGCCCGUGCGGGGCAGCCCCUUCCGCCUGCGGGCCGUCAAGCCCUCCGACGUGCCCCAGUCCCCCGACGACGUCAAGCGCAGGGUGAAGUCGCCCAGCGGGGGCGGGGGCCACGUCCGGCAGAAGGCGGUCAGGCGCCCCUCCAGCAUGUACAGCACCAGCAAGAAGAAGGAGAACCCCAUCGAGGACGAGCUCAUCUACAGAGUCGGUACGCGUGGGCGGGAGAAGGGAGAGUUCACGAACCUGCAGGGCAUCUCCACCUCCAGCAACGGCAGAGUGGUGGUGGCAGACAGCAACAACCAGUGUAUACAGGUGUUCUCCAAUGACGGACAGUUCAAGCUGAGGUUCGGGGUCAGAGGUCGUUCCCCCGGGCAGCUCCAGCGCCCCACGGGCGUGACCGUGGACAUGAACGGCGACAUAAUCGUGGCCGACUACGACAACCGAUGGGUCAGCAUCUUCUCCUCCGACGGGAAGUUCAAGAACAAAAUCGGAGCGGGUCGCCUGAUGGGACCGAAGGGCGUCGCCGUGGACCGCAACGGUCACAUAAUCGCCGUCGACAACAAGGCCUGCUGCGUCUUCAUCUUCCAGUCCAACGGGAAACUGGUGACCAAAUUUGGAGCCAGAGGGACCUCAGACAGGCAGUUUGCAGGCCCUCACUUUGUCGCUGUAAAUAACAAGAAUGAAAUAGUGGUGACUGACUUUCACAAUCACUCUGUGAAGGUGUACAACGCUGACGGGGAGUUCCUCUUCAAAUUCGGCUCCCAUGGAGAGGGGAACGGGCAAUUUAACGCCCCCACAGGCGUGGCAGUCGAUGCCAAUGGGAACAUCAUUGUGGCAGACUGGGGCAACAGCCGAAUACAGGUGUUCGACAGCUCAGGCUCCUUCCUGUCCUACAUCAACACCUCGGCCGACCCGCUGUACGGGCCCCAGGGCCUGGCGCUGACCUCGGACGGCCACGUGGUGGUGGCGGACUCUGGGAACCACUGCUUCAAGGUCUACCGCUACCUGCAGUAGAGCCGGAGAGAGAGAGAGAGAGAGAGGGAGAGCGCCGGUGCCGGAGCGAAGGAGAUGCAGGAAAUGUACAGGGUGAUCCUUUUAUUCCUCUUUUGAUUCCCUCUGUUACGGUCGCUCCGAAAACUUUCCCGAGCAUCAACCCAGUUUCUCUAAAGGAUAAUGUUUUUUUUUUUUUUUAAAGCAACAAAUCGACAAAAGCGAGUCACGCUUCGGUACCUUUUUUCCGACGAUGAGACUCAACUUUCUUUUGCACUGGAAAAGAAAAAAAAAAAUUAAGAUGGCCAUAUCCAGAAGAACCGAGGGACUCAAACUACUGACUCUUAACUUCACCUUGAUGAGGCGAUUCGAGAAGAAGGAGAAGGUUACGAGGCCCGUAGCGAAUACAGAGAAGCUCGAGCGCCUUCGAGCCGAAGACGUUUCCAAACGCAUGAAGCCGUAGCCUACCAGAACGGCCGCCGCCAGAAAGCAUUCAUUUCACAUGAGUUUUUACAAGGCUUCAAAAAUCGUGACAGCCAGAUAGAAAGAGGAGUGAGAGAGAGUAAAGACUGACAGAACUUCUCUCUUCCCUUUUGCUUUACUUCUCAGUACAACAACAAAUGUAAUCUAUUCAAAAAUGCAGUCUUUCAUGCGACUGCUACACCAUCCGUGCAUUUAAUUCCUAUGUAUAUUUACACACAAACACACACACACCUGUAAAUUUACCAGCGGACUAAAGCUCCACCCUCCAUUUUAUGAACUCACACAUACUAGUCGUCUUUGGCAGUUCAGAUAUCCAGCAUUUUAGCACAUACAGCAUAUGUGUCUAUGAGACACACAGGGAUUUAUAGGACCGUAUUUAUUGCAAACAUCAACAGCACAAUUAUGCACACUUGAUUUGUGCUCUUUUUAAAAGAGGAAUAAAUUUACUUAAUUUAUUUUCUUUUCUACAUGAUUUUAUCUUUUACAAAUUAUUUUUCUAAUUUGAUGUGUUAAAAUAUUUUGUUUCUCUGCCAAAUCUCCAAGCCAUCACCUAGUAAUGCACAGUACCUUAACAUACCGGUGGAAUCUUUACUUUUUUCUCUAGUCCGUUUCCAUGACGAACUAGCGGAACCAAUCACAAAAACGGAACCCUCAUCAAAUAUCAAAUGCAUUUGCCAAAAUUUCUAAAAAUUGGUUAUUGUUAUUGAACAUAAUAUAAGGUUAAGAGUAAUAUAUAUGCCUAUGUGUAUAUAUAAAUAUUAUUGUCAUAUAAAGUAUGCUAUAUGUAUAGAAUAUCAUUGUUAUUACUGUGGAGAAAAAAAAUCAUUGCCAUCAGUUUGUCAGUAUUUCAUUAGUUUGCUGUCACAUUUGUUUAGAUGAUUACUUUGCGUUUAUGGCCUGCUAGCCAUGCUCAUCAUUAACCUUUGGCCUACAGUGUGGAUAAGGGUGUUAUUGGUUUUGACUGACACGUUUCCUAUAGAUAAACCUUUUUUUUGUGUGUUGGGAUGUGUUUCAGUCAAGCUCUUAUACGCAAAGUUACCAUAACAACGUCGUUAUUGUUGUGUACUUCCUUUUCGUAAAAAAAAAAGAAAAACAAAAAGGUUGUGGAAAGCCGAAGGUUGACAGCAAGGUUGGCAGAAUAUUUUAUAUAUUAUUUUUGUAUGGGUAACUUUCUGCAUGUCAGUGAUGAUCCCAUUUAGAAUGGUUUGUUAUCCAGGUGCAGGCCCCAAGCAGUGCUACCAUCCCUUGCGUCGUCCCACCCGUGGCCAGAGUGGAUUUAUAUCACCUUGAUUUGUUAGUUCCACAUACUGGAUAAAAUCGUAAAAUUAAAAUGUUAUCUGUUCUGCGAUCAUACCCAUUACACCCGAAUUCGUACCAUUAGUGUUGACUGUCACAAAUCCUUCCAAUGCAUGAAAUCGUGCUUGGAAAAAAGGAAAUAAGAAAAU